ACAGCCAUAAAGUCAUAAUCCGCGCCCAUUUCUACAAUUUAUCUUCUUCAAAUGUGGUUUUAAAUCUAACCACACUGCAAACCUUAUGCCUAACACUAAAUGAGGACCAAAAAGCUUAUGUUUUUUUUCCAUACAUUUUUACGAAAUAGCCCAUUUUGACUUUGUAGCUGUGGUAACUAGUGGAAACCGAGUGCGCAAACAAACGAAAAGAGAGAGAGAGAGAGAGAGAGAGGAACCAUAGUUGGGGGAGCAUCUAUUUAUCCUCCGAGGAAUGUCUGAAAUCUUCGAGGCGAUGGGGACUGUUCUCCGGAUUAUUCUCUGCAUGGAUCAUACUACGGGUUAUUUCACUCUGUCGGUAUCGGUAUGAUGAAUGUAAAGUUGGAUUACGGAAGUAUGGAGAGGAGGAAGAGCCUGUUUACCUGGCUGGUACUCUUCACGAUGCAGUUCAGCCGGAGUUCACAGCAAGUACUCAGAAUAGGUGGUAUCUUUGAGACUCGUGAGAGUGAGUUGGUGAGUGUAGAGGAGUUGGCCUUUAAGUUUGCAGUGAGCAACAUCAACAGGAACCGGACCUUAAUGCCCAACACCACUCUGACCUACGACAUCCAGAGGAUCAACCUCUUCGACAGUUUCGAGGGCUCCAGGAGAGUGUGUGACCAGUUGGCUCUGGGCGUCUCGGCAGUGUUUGGUCCGUCCCACAGCUCCUCAGUCAGUGCUGUCCAGUCCAUCUGUAACGCCCUGGAGGUCCCCCACAUCCAGACGCGCUGGAAACACCCGUCAGUGGACAACAGAGACACAUUUUACAUCAAUCUCUACCCAGAAUACACUGCGAUCUCCAGAGCCAUACUGGACAUAGUGACCUUCUUCAAGUGGAAGAGCCUAACGGUGGUCUACGAGGAUAGCACAGGUCUGAUGCGAAUGCAGGAGUUGAUCAAGGCUCCGUCUAAGUUGAACCUGAAGAUCAGGAUCCGGCAGCUUCCACCUGGAGAGAUUGACGCCAGACCUCUUCUGAAGGAGAUGAAGAAAGACAAAGAGUUCUACAUCUUGUUUGACUGCUCCUACCGGACCUCCGCAGAGAUACUCAAACAGCUCUCGUCGAUGGGAAUGAUGACAGAGUACCAUCAUUUCUUCUUCACUACAUUGGAUCUGUUUGCGUUAGACCUGGAGCCAUACCGCUACAGUGGGGUGAAUAUGACAGGUUUCAGGCUGUUGAAUAUAGACGACCCGUAUGUAGCUUCCACCAUGGAGAAGUGGUCUCUGGAGAGGCUUCAGGCUCCACCUAAACAUGAGAGUGGAUUAAUGGAUGGAGUUAUGACGACGGAGGCGGCGUUGAUGUAUGACGCGGUUUUCAUGGUUGCCGUGGCGUCACAGCGAGCCACUCAGAUGACGGUCAGCUCCCUGCAGUGUCACCGACACAAACCCUGGCGCUUUGGACCGCGCUUCAUGAACCUUUUCAAAGAGGCCCAGUGGGAUGGUCUGACAGGUCAUAUAGUCCUAAAUAAGACAGAUGGUCUGAGGAGAGACUUUGACUUGGACAUCAUCAGUCUGAAGGAAGAUGGUACAGCCAGGAUUGCGGUGUGGAACUCCUACACGGGCUUGAACCUUACAGAGACCAGCAGGGAUAAAACCAACAAUGUGACUGACUCUAUGGCCAACAGGACACUGAUCGUUACUACUAUACUGGAAAACCCUUAUGUGAUGUUUAAGAAGUCAGACAAGGAGCUGUCCGGUAACGACCGGUUUGAGGGCUACUGCCUGGACCUGCUGAAGGAGCUGUCCAACAUCCUGGGGUUCACCUACGAGGUCAAACUGGUGUCUGAUGGGAAGUAUGGCGCUCAAAACGAUAAGGGGGAAUGGAACGGCAUGGUCCGAGAGCUCAUCGACCACAUAGCUGAUCUGGCAGUAGCCCCUCUGACCAUCACCUACGUGAGAGAGAAGGUGAUAGACUUCUCUAAGCCCUUCAUGACUCUGGGCAUCAGUAUCCUGUACAGAAAACCCAACGGCACCAACCCCGGAGUGUUCUCCUUCCUCAACCCACUGUCUCCUGACAUCUGGAUGUAUGUACUGCUGGCCUGCACUGGAGUGAGCUGUGUCCUGUUUGUCAUCGCCAGGUUUACACCCUAUGAGUGGUACAACCCACACCCCUGCAACCCCUCAUCAGAGUUGCUAGAGAAUAAUUUCACCUUACUCAAUAGUUUCUGGUUUGGAGUGGGAGCUCUCAUGCAGCAAGGGUCAGAGUUGAUGCCUAAGGCCUACUCCACCCGUAUAGUAGGAGGCAUCUGGUGGUUCUUCACCCUGAUUAUCAUCUCCUCCUACACGGCCAACCUGGCUGCCUUCCUCACCGUGGAGAGGAUGGACGCCCCCAUCGACUCCGCUGACGACCUGGCUAAACAAACCCGUAUAGAAUACGGCUCAGUCAGGGACGGGUCUACCAUGACCUUCUUCAAGAAAUCUAAGAUCUCCACCUAUGAGAAGAUGUGGGCGUUUAUGAGCAGCAGGAAGAACACAGCUCUGGUGAAGAACAACCGAGAGGGGAUCACCAGGGUCCUGACUACAGACUACGCUAUGUUGAUGGAGUCUACCAGCAUAGAGUACAUCAGUCAGAGGAACUGUAACCUCACGCAGAUCGGAGGACUCAUAGACUCCAAGGGCUACGGAGUGGGCACACCAAUAGGCUCCCCUUACAGAGACAAGGUGACUAUCGCCAUCCUGCAGCUGCAGGAAGAAGGGAAGCUCCACAUGAUGAAGGAGAAAUGGUGGAGAGGGAACGGUUGUCCUGAGGAGGACAACAAAGAAGCCAGCGCGUUGGGCGUGGAGAACAUCGGCGGUAUCUUCAUCGUCCUGGCGGCCGGACUCGUCCUGUCUGUGUUCGUAGCCAUCGGAGAGUUCAUCUACAAGGCCAGGAAGAACUCUGACAUAGAGGAGGCCUUUUGUUUCUUCUACGGGGUUCAGUCCCGCCAGUUCCAGCGUCGUGACAGCGCCUCCUCCUCCUCUGCCACCUCUCUGUCCACUGACCUGGAGAGCGGUCGGCUGCUGGGAGACGAUGAUGACAUAGAGUAGCCUCCCCCCCCCCCCCCAGCCCUGCCCAGGCUAGCCUCCGCCACACACACGCUAGAAGUUUAGUGUGUCUCUUUUAGCUCUGUCAUGGAGGAGCUGGGUAUCUCCCUGCGCUGUCACAAAACCAUCAGGCGAAGGUCACGACCCCGAGGACG